UAUCUUUGUUAUCAGGAUGAACUUGGUUGUCCUUGAUUUUUGGAUUGCACCAGUAAUGGUCUUUGUUUUUAUUUAUUUUUUCUCGGAUUCUCCCUUACACUUUGGCUUAAUCAUGAUAAAAGAAACGUGGGUUUGAUCAAAUUGUUCCCCUGCUGCAUCUUUGCUGAACUUUGAUUGAUUCUGAAUACGGUUGAAUCAACAUGAGCAAUACUAAACACAAGAAUGAUGAUGACUCUAGUGAGAGAGGUAUCUUUUCAGGCUAUCCAUCAGCACCUCCAUAUCCCCCUCCACAUGGAUCAUACCCACCACCAGGGUAUCCACCUCCAGGAGGCUACCCGCCAGCAGCGUACCCGCCACCACCAUAUCCACCUCAUGGAGGAUAUCCACCUUCUGGUUACUACCCUUCAGAAUAUCCACCACCUGCAUAUCCACCUCCAGGAGGGUAUCCUCCUCCAGCUCCUGGUUAUCCUCAUUCAGGAUACCAUCCACCAUCUUAUCCUGCUCCACAUGGCUAUCCACCUCCUCCACCUCCAUAUUCUGCAGGGCGUGGCGCUGGUAUGGGAGGAUUGUUGGCAGGAGGUGCUGCUGCUAUGGCUGCUGCAUAUGGGGCUCACCAUCUUGCACAUGGAUAUCAUCGUUAUGGACAUGGAGGUUAUUUUGGUCAUGGAAAGUACAAGCACGGGAAAUUCGGCAAGCGUUGGAAGCAUGGCAGGUUUGGAUUUGGCAAGUUUAAGCAUGGUUGGAAAAGAUGGAAGUGAUGCUGUGGCCAAUAGAUUAAAUAUAUAAUUCUGAGCAUGAUCAUGAAGGUUGAAUUGUGGGAUGAAUAAUGUAUGCUAUGGCAACACAUUGCACUUUUACAAUGACUGCUUUAGGUUCGUUGCUCCUUAUUAAAUGUGUGUGGCUUUUGUACAUACAGGAAUUCAUAUCCUGAAUUAUUUAGAUUGUUUUCUCACAAUUGUCCACUUCACCAAUGCCUUAUAGUUGAGAUAACAGUUCAGUAAAUUUGACAGAUAACCUACAAAACGUUUGUCACUUGUCAGUAAUAGAAGUUUUACCGUAGAGUAACUUGUAUUCCAAUAUGUCCUUUUGAACUUUUGUGAAGG